GACUCUCACAAGCAUGGCAUCGGCAAGCAGCUCCGCACAGGCCGCCUUUGGUUUGGGCCGCAGGAAGAAGAACCCUGGUGUUCUGGAUCAGAUUGGAAAAUUCUUUGGAGGGGACAAGAAGAAGAAGAGCAAGGGGUCUUUCCGUGGGGCCCUGUCUCCCGUUCCUCAGAAAGCAUCUGCCACGUCCCCUCGCAAGCGGGGGCCAGAGAAUGCGGUUGUCCACUUCUUCCGUACCAUCGUUUCUCCUGCCCCCCCAAAGUCAAGGUGGAGAGGACUAGCAGCCAAGAUAGGUCUGGGUGAUCAGAAGUCGCAGGCUGCUAAAGCCAAGAGGUCCACCGGAGGGGACGGCAAAGGCUCCCUGACUAGGAUCUUUAAAAUGUGAUGAUAACAACAGAAGCGGAAGCCGCAGCUCUUCUCCAGCCAGACGUUGAAGUUCCAACAUCCCCUUAGAAGAGGUCAAGGACAAGAAUGAGUAAUGCGGGCAAGGAGAGGAAUAAAAUGAAACCUUGUGAUGCUUAAAACUCAUUUGAAUUUGAUAACACGUAAUAUCGUUGAAGUAUCAUCUGUCAUGUUGUCUUACCCUGCAUUGGCUGGCAGAUAGCCACACAAUCUGUUACCUGCCUGCAUCAUUUCCUGAAUGUGACCCUGAAGCUGCUUUCAUGCAUCCUGAAUGACCCCCUGACCUCCUGCCAUGGCUGUAUAUGUGCUUCAGUGUCUGUACUCGUGUCUGACGUCUCUAAAAAAAAAAAAAAACCUCAAAUGUGCCUGAGCUGAUCUGGACUGUAAGAGUAAAGUUCAAGUUCUGAACUUGCUUGUUGUUGCCACUUUUAACGUGUGUUCCAGGAUCAGGCAGCUUCUGUCUUUCUUGUCCUGUCAUGUCUUUCAUAUCCUUACACGCUCUCUGUGGCCAUUAACAGGAAUUUGUGUAGAUUUUGUGGUAACCACACUUACAUGACUGUAGACUAGAGCCAUUUUGGUUCUAAUGUUUGUUUUUUUCACUCCACCUCCCUGUGUCUGGUUAAGUGUGAUGUCAUAAAUGUGAUCUACAUGUUUGUUAUUUGAAUGAUUUUGGUUAUCCUGUAGGUAGACAUUCUCAACAUUUGAAAUAUUUUCAGCAAUGAGCAGUGAAGUGACACAUACUCAUCAUUUCUCUUAACUGUAGCGAUAACAUCACAUUGCAAUUUACUCUGUGUGCUUGGCUGGUCUCUACGCGUGCAGUUACUGACUAAAAGUAUGGUCAGCCUUGUCACAAUUUCUGUUUUUGGCCUCUCUUCUUGCCUCCUUAAACCAACUGCUGUUUCAUUUUUCUGGAUUACUCAGACAAACAAACUAUUUCAAAAAGGUGCUCUCUGACUAAUUAAGUUGUGAAACAUUUUCUGGUGCUUCUGUCCAACUACGUCAGGAAGAAAUGAAUUAUUCCAGCUGAAUUAAACUGCAGGUGUGUGCACCCAUGUGUGAAAAAUAAGACAUCUACAACGUGUCUGAAUCCACUUCCAAUGCAUCAUUUAGACUGAAUGUAAAGACCCUCCUGUUUAAUAAAUUGAAUGGCCACUUUCCUGAAAACCAAAAUAAAAAA